GUGUGCAUGUGUGCAUGUGUGUGUGUGCAUGUGUGCGUGUGCAUGUGUGCCUGCACAUGGGGAAGGAAAGUUUUUCAGCUGCUGAGGAUGGGAGUAGGGGCUGGAGCAGCACCCUGCAGGGACGCCCCACAGGAAAAUCGACGGUUCUGAUGUUCUCAGCCUCUGGGUGCAAUUUCCUGAGGGCACAGGAACGUCUGGCACCCCUGGGCAGCUUGCUGGGGGAAGCUCCGUGGAGGAGGAUGUCCCGAGGUCGGUGAGAUCCAGGAGGGGUCUGCUGGGGGGCGGGAAUGCUCUGAGCAAGGUCCCGGAAGUCCAGAGCUCCUGAGGGAUCCAGGACCAGGGGCACUGGGGAGUUUCAGAGUUGGUCGCCGCCACAGCCCUCACAAGUGAGGCUGCUCUCUGGGACUGGUCACCUUCUCGCCUCGGCCACUUCACAGUCCUGGGGGGCAGCUGUGGCUCUUGCUGGGAACCAGCUGACCCUCCCUGGGGCUUGGGGGUGGGGUGGUGCUGAAGUGAGGCUCACCCGUCUGUGGCUUACUCCCGCCACCUAGAGGCCACUGUUCCUCACAGGCUCCCGGGCCAGUCACCUGCCGCCGCCCGGGGGCAGGACCUCCCCACGGGAUUGCAGUUUCUCUGAUCACCGGGAUGGGCCUACACCUCUCCCCCUGCAGCGGCUGCUUCCACGCAGGACUGGAGCAUGUCAGGGUUCGGGGCUGCUGUCAUAGGGGAGUGGCUGCGGCCUGCAGGUCAGAGGCACCCGACUUCUUUUGCUAACCCCCUUCCCUGCCUGUCCUGUCCACCCCUUUCUCUCCAUCUUUCUCUCCUGCCCCUGCUAUGAAGCAUGAACCAGUGACCCCAUCCGCACCUGUCUGACCAGGCUCCCCACGUGCCCUGACGUAGCCCCGUAGGCUAAGCCCACAGCUGACAUCCCUUCCUGGGGAAUUCCCGACCUGCCAGCCAUUGUUCUUCAGACACCCCAGCAUCUUGACCUCCCUCUAUCUGCAGCCUCUGUGGGCCGGGCCUCCACUAGGACCCCCUGAGACAUGUCAGGCUCCUCACGAGCUCUGUCUUAUGUGGCCACGCCCAGGGCCCCAGGAGGUAGAAGACCAGCGGGCAUCUCAUGGAGGAGGAAAAAGGGCCCAGAGAGGGACUUCCGCUCCGGCUCAGCAAGGGAGUCCCAGUUCCCGGAGUCCUUGUUGAGGCCCCUGCUCCACGGUGCACAAGGCAUGUGAUGUCAACCAGCUUACAUCAUCUUGACGGGAGCCCUGUGAGGCCGCCACUGUCGUCAAUCCAGCUUCACAAGUGGGGAGACUGAGAUACAGAGCGGUCAACGUGCAGAGCCCAGAAUCUGCUCCCUGGUGCUGACUUGGGAGGCAGAGGCCCCCCGCAACUCGCGAAUCCCAGCAGUGGCCCCUUCCAGACGCCACGUCCAGCUACCCCGCGCUUACACCUGCAGGGCCCCACAAGAGGCCUCCCAGUGUGCGCGGGCCUCUUGAAGAGAGAAUCUCCACUCAGAUGUCCGAAUGACCCAAACUCGGCUCUGGGAGGCUGGGGACGGCCCUCCAGGCCAAGGGGGGAGCGCGCAGGGCCCAGCGGGGCAGGGCUGAGGGCGCUGGGUCCUGAGCCAUCCACUGAAGGACGCUGGGGGACAGCAAGGCGCGAAGCAGGAGUUUCUUCUGCUCCUGGGCCCGGGUCGCUCCAGGCUGUCUGGGCUCCGGGAGGGGCGUGCCCGGGGCGCCUCCCGAGCGGGUUAUAGUGGGACCACGAGUCUCUGGCGGCGGCGGGUCAAGACUACACUUCCCAGGAGGCUGUGCGCGCCGCGUGGCGCCUGGGAGUUGUAGUCCAGAGCGCGGCGGGCGCGGGCGCGGCGGGCGGGGCAGGCGGGCGCGUGGACUACGCGUCCUAGGAUGCCGCGCGCGGCCGCGGGGCUGAGGGUUUGAACCGAGGGUCCGCCGUCCGCGGCGGGGCUGCGUCGGCUGCGGCGGGUGCGGGAGGUGGCGACGACCGGGGCCGGGGUCCCAGCCCGGCUGCGGAGGCGGGCGCGACGGGUGCGGGGGUCGCUGCUCCUGAGGCGAUGAUGGGCAAGGAGGAGGAGAUUACGCGGAUCGCCCGGAGGCUGGACAAGAUGGUGACCAAGAAGAGCGCGGAGGGGGCCAUGGAUCUGCUGCGGGAGCUGAAGGCCAUGCCUAUCACGCUGCACCUGCUCCAGUCCACCCGAGUCGGGAUGUCUGUCAACGCCCUUCGGAAGCAGAGCUCCGACGAGGAGGUCAUUGCACUGGCCAAGUCCCUCAUCAAGUCCUGGAAGAAGCUCCUGGAUGCUUCAGAUGCCAAAGCCAGGGAGCGGGGGAGGGGCACGCCUCUGCCCACGUCCUCGAGGGAUGCCUCAGAGGCCCCGGAUCCCAGCCGCAAGAGGCCGGAGCUGCCCAAGGCACCGUCGACUCCAAGGAUCACCACAUUUCCUCCGGUGCCUGUCACCUGUGAUGCCGUACGCAACAAGUGCCGCGAGAUGCUGACUGCUGCCCUGCAGACGGCCCACGACCACGUGGCCAUCGGUGCGGACUGCCAGCGCCUGUCGGCUCAGAUCGAGGAAUAUAUCCUUUGGGCAGGGCUAUGGGUCUGGGUUUCUGGUGGAGUCAGGAGGCUGCCUGGCCUGGUGGCCUCUGGUGGCUGCUGGAUGCCACUGCCCAGCUGUCCAGGGGUCACCUGCCUGGGGGGGUCACCUGCCUGGGGGGGGUCACCUGCCUGGGGGGUCACCUGCCUGGGGGGUCAGCUGCCUGGGGGGUCACCUGCCUGGGGGGUCAGCUGCCUGGGGAGGGGGUCACCUGCCUGGGGGGGUCACCUGCCUGGGGGUCACCUGCCUGGGGGGGGUCACCUGCCUGGGGGGUCACCUGCCUGGGGGGGGUCACCUGCCUGGGGGGGUCACCUGCCUGGGGGGGUCACCUGCCUGGGGGGGGGUCACCUGCCUGGGGGGUCACCUGCCUGGGGGGUCACCUGCCUGGGGGGUCACCUGCCUGGGGGGUCACCUGCCAGGGGGGUCAGCUGCCUGGGGGGUCAGCUGCCUGGGGGGGGGGUCACCUGCCUGGGUAGUCAGGUUGUCUCGCUCCAGGAGGCCCCCAGACCAGCUGAGAGGCUGAUUCUGCCUGCUGGUGGGGCCUAGGUUCCCUGGGGCUGUAGCCUGAAGCUGGGUCUCAGUCAGGAAUGGGCCUGUGGCAGGCUCGGCCCUGCAGCCCUUCACCUGUCCACCAAGUGUGGCUGGGCAGAACCUUUCCAGCCAGCACCCCAGCAUGGCCCCCAGCGGGGCAGGUGGUAGGUGGAGGGCAGCGACGUUGUCCUCGGGUGGGUCCUUAAACACUUGCACGCAUCUUCCGGGACGUUGGAAACACAGACAUGAAGUACAAGAACCGUGUGCGGAGUCGUAUCUCCAACCUGAAGGAUGCCAGGAACCCUGACCUGCGGCGGAACGUGCUGUGUGGGGCCAUAACCCCCCA